CUCUCUCUCUCUCCAUAAAUAAGAUCUAUCUAUGUUUUGUUUCAUUCCAAUGGUGGCCUCUUCUAGGUUUCUUUGGGUUUUGGUGGAUUUGAUAUUGUGUGGUAUAGUUUUACUUAACAAUGGUGGGGUUGACGGAUCACACAAAGUGUACAUGGAGUACCAAUCUGUUGUUGCCGCCGUUGAAGUGAAGCAACUCCACAGAACUGGCUUUCACUUCCAACCCAAAAAGCAUUGGAUCAAUGAUCCAAAUGGACCAAUGUACUACAAAGGAAUAUACCAUUUCUUUUACCAGUACAAUCCCAAAGGUGCAGUUUGGGGCAAUAUUGUGUGGGCUCAUUCAGUAUCGACAGAUAUGAUCAAUUGGAAGCCACUUGAUGUAGCAAUCUACCCUUCAAAGCCGUUUGAUCAGUACGGUGCUUGGUCCGGGUCGGCCACAAUUCUUCCAGGUAACAAGCCCAUCAUACUCUACACUGGGGUAAUUGACAAAAAUUACACACAAGUCCAAAACUAUGCUGUACCAGCUAACUAUUCGGAUCCAUUCCUGAAUGAAUGGAUAAAGCCCGACAACAACCCAUUAGUUUUACCUGUCGGUGUGAAUAAAACCGCAUUCCGUGACCCGACAACCGCAUGGUUGGGCCAAGAUGGGCAUUGGAGGAUUUUGGUGGGAGGUAAGAGAAAACAUAGAGGGAUGGCCCAUUUGUAUCGGAGUAGGGAUUUCAUGAAAUGGACCAAGGCCCAACACCCAUUGCAUUCUUCGGCCAUGACGGGUAUGUGGGAAUGCCCGGAUUUCUACCCUGUAUCUUUGGAUUGUGAAAACGGGUUGGAAACAUCAGUGAUGACAGGAAAUAUUAAACAUGUCUUAAAAGUGAGCCUUGAUGAAACUAGAUAUGAGUACUAUACAGUUGGAACAUAUUUUCCUAAGAAGGAUAGUUAUGUACCAGAUAAUACUUCUAUUGAUGAUCGAACCGGGUUGAGAUAUGAUUAUGGAAAUUUUUAUGCCUCGAAGACAUUUUUUGAUGCUAGUAGGAAUCGGAGGAUCUUGUGGGGGUGGGUCAAUGAGUCGGAUGCCUCUAAUGAGGAUGUCAAAAAGGGUUGGGCUGGAAUUCAGACAAUUCCACGAAAGAUUUGGCUUGAUCCAAGUGGAAAACAAUUGGUACAAUGGCCAAUUGAAGAAUUGGAAACUCUAAGAGGGAAAAAGAUACACAUUUGCAAUCAUCAACUCAAUUUGGGAGAUCAUAUUGAAAUCAAAGGAAUUACAGCUGCACAGGCUGAUGUUGAAGUUACAUUCUCGUUCCCAAGUUUAGACAAAGCUGACUCAUUUGACCCUUCUUGGGUAGAUAUGGAUGCCCAACAACUUUGUAGCCACAAGGGUUCAAAUGUUCAAGGUGGGGUUGGACCAUUUGGGCUCUUGACAUUAGCUUCAAAACACCUUGAAGAAUAUACACCUAUACUCUUUAGGAUUUUUAAGGCAAAAAAUAAGCACGUGGUUCUCAUGUGCUCUGAUGCAACAAGUUCCUCUUUGGAGAAAAACAAACUUUGGUAUAAGCCAUCAUUUGCAGGUUUUGUUGACGUGGAUUUAGCUGAUAACAAACUUUCUCUUAGGAGUUUGAUUGAUCAUUCUAUAGUGGAAAGUUUUGGAGCAAGAGGAAAAACAUGCAUAACAUCUAGGGUUUAUCCUACUCUAGCAGUAUUGAAGAAUGCUCAUUUAUAUGCAUUUAACAACGGCAGUGAGACUAUUAUAAUUGAGAGUCUAAAUGCAUGGAGCAUGGGCAAUCCUCUAAUGAACUAAAUGAAGAUGAUGAAGAAAAGAAAAAUAAUUUGGGGUUUUUUCUUAUGGGAAAUUUAUUAUGAUUUUAUGUGGACCUAAAAAGUAAUUAUUGUACCUCGUGGUUGUUUUUAUAAGUUAGGAAAAAUUACCCGUAAGUGGUAAUUAUUGUACCUCGUGGCUUUUAUAAGUUAGACAAAAU